CAUAGAUAAUGGCUACGUCUAGUGACUACGAUUAUCCAAUUGAUGUGAAUAAUAUUCGAAUAUUACAAUGUUUGCCUGUACAUCAAAGUGAUGUUACAUGCUGUGAUUUUGCAAUUGGCAAUGAUUUUAUCUACGUUAUAACUGGUUCAAGUGAUAAGCUGGUUCGCAUAUGGGAAUGGAUUAUCGGUGAUGGAUUUGUAGAAACAUCAUUUUCACCAUUAAGUAGUCAUAAAUAUGGUGUUACAUCGUUACAAGUAUCACCACAAUCGUCAAUGCUAAUUACAGGGUCAAUCGAUGGGGUUGCAUUUUUAUGGCGAAUAAAAACUGGCGAAAAGAUUUAUGCUUUUGUCCAGGACAAUGGUGAUCCUAUACGUGUUUGCAGAUUCUCUCCAAAUAGUGUCAUGGUUGUCACGGCUGGAGAUAAUGGAGCAGUUUGUAUAUGGGAUUUAAUUCACAGAAGUUUAAUAAGAACAAUCACGCAACAUGAAGGAAUCGUUCAAGCCAUAUCGUUUACAUCAGAUUCUUUGUACCUGCUAACAAGCUGCACUUUAGGCGUGAUGAAUUUCUGGUCAGUUGAUUCGCUAUGUGACACAACCAUUGAAGAAAGUUUACCUUUAAUUACAAUUGGGGAUGCUCACGAUCUAGGAGUUUUAAGCUGUGACUUUUCACCGAUUGUUACUAUUCAAGAGGAUAACAUACAAAAACGAAUGUACAGCCUAGCAACAUCAGGCAACGAUCAUUGUAUAAAAAUAUGGAAAAUUACCGCAGAAGUGCUACCCAAACAGUUAAAUGCGUUCAGCGAAAUAAAUUUUGAGCUAACAGAUUUUUUAGAUGGACAUUCAUCAGCAAUAACUUAUGUUAAAUAUAAUAUUGAUGGUAAUUAUAUUGCAUCGACCAGUUUGGAUCGAACCUGCCGUGUAUGGGGUUUAAAUGAGAAUCGAGAUGUCGCGGUACUCGAAGGACAUUCGCGUUAUGUAAAUUGUUGUGGAUUUAGUCAAAAUAAUAUAUUCUUAGCAACUGGAUCAAAUGAUAAAUCGAUUAUUAUUUGGGAUUUAACUGGAUGUACAACUUUUGAUUCGGAAUUUACAAAUACAUUACAGUUGUUAAAUUUUAAGGCAAAUUUACAAGAAAAUGCUGUUGCUAAAUUAGGGGAAAACCACGAUAACGACGUUAUAUUGUUACAACAAAUAGAAAAUGUUCAUUCAAUUUCAAUUAAUUGUUGUGAUAUUAAUAGAAACGACCUCACCUUAGUUACAGCGUCAAGUUCUGAUGAAAAUUUGUAUGAAGAAGUUGAAUAUUCGCCAUUAUGUGAACAUACGUAUUCUGUAAAUUAUGUAGAAUUUUCUAAAACUAAUGAAUAUUUAGUUUCUUGUUCAUUAGAUGGUUCGGCAAUCAUAUGGAAUUAUUUGACAGGUGAACAAAUAUUUAAACCAACAUUUGCUGAUGAAGUUUGUGGUAUACGAACGUGUCGACUAUCUUAUGAUUGUAAAAUUUUAGUUACCGCUGGUGAUGAUGAACGAGCUACUGUAUUUGAUCUAGAAAAUAUGGAAAGUUUAGCAAUUUUAGAAGGUCAUUCGGAUGCAAUUACAUCAAUCGCUCUAACAAAAAAUACGAAAUUAUUAGCUACCGUAUGCAGUGCUGGUGAUUUACGAUUAUGGUCGUUAGAAUCUCUAUCAGAUUCUGUUGAGACUGAACCGAUUUGUGUACAAUUAGAAGCACAUGAUUUGGGUGUACAAAAUUGUGAUUUCUCCGAGAAUGAAAUGCCUAUACCUAAUGUGAAUUAUACCGAAAGUCAAUAUUAUUUGUUAGCAACAUGUGGGAACGAUAGUAUGGUCAAAUUAUGGAAGAUUAAACUACCAAUUAUCGAUGAGUCAAUUUUGGAUUAUGGAAAUGUUGAAGUGAUUGAAUGGCGUUGUUUAAUUGGACAUGGUGGAAAUGUAAAUUUUGUACGAUUUUCACCGCAUAACAGUGACAUUGUAUGUUCGGUAGCAACAGAUCGUCAAGCUAGAAUUUGGUCACCAUAUAGUAGUGUAUGUUUGUACACAUUGGAUCAUGAAUCAAUGCUUACCUCGUGUGCCUUUUCGUCUGAUUGUUCAAUGAUUGCAAUCAGUUGUUUGAAUAAAAGUAUUUGGGUAUGGAAAUUACCACAGAAACUUGUGUUUCAGAAUAUAUUAAUGAAUCGAAUUAAAAAUAAUAAAAAGAGUAUUUUAAAUUGGACUACAAAUGAAGUUGUGCUUUGGAUACGAAGUAUUGAUUUAGGAAAUUUAGCUGAUACAAUUAUCGAAUGUAAUAUAAAUGGUGAAAUAUUGUUAAAUACGGACGAGGAUGAACUUAGCAAUACACUUAAUUUAGAUGAAGACUCUAAAGAAAUAUUUUUACCGCAAUUAGCAAAAUUGAAGAGCAAACAAAAUAUUAUGGAUGAAAAAGUAUCGAUACCACAUGAAUUUUUAUGUCCAAUUACACAAGAAGUUAUGCGAAAUCCAAUGAAAUGCACGGAUGGUUUUACAUACGAACAAUCAGCAAUUGAAGAAUGGUUCUCAUCUGGUAAAAAUACAAGUCCAAUGACAAAUGAAGAACUUGAAGAUAUGGAAUUAACACCAAAUUAUGAACUUUUAAUAGGAAUUGAAGCAUUUAUUAAUUCUAAUUAAUAAAUAUUCAUUAACAAAUUUGUUAUAUAUAAUAUAUGGGAUUUUUCGUAAUGGUCACAUUUGAACAAGACAGUGAUAUAGAGUCUAAAAUUCUAAGAAGGAGAAUUUAAGAAGUUAAGACCUUCCUAUUUGAAUAAUACUCAGCUUUUAAAAUUGUACCCAGGAUAGGAUUUCACAAAAAUUUCUUCAAAUUUUCAUCGAUCCUUAAUAAGAAAUGUC